GCAAAUAUUUGCAGGAAAAUAUCACUCGAUCUACAAAGUUCCGAAGCAUAAGUUAAACGAAUCAAAAUGGCGUGCAUUAAGAUUUUCGCAUUUUUGACCUUGCUGGCUCUGGCAAAGGCACAACAGAAUUUCCACACAGCCCAUAUGGAGCAUAACGCCCAUAGGGAAUCUCUGGUCCGCAAUGAUGACUACAUAGACGCCCAUCGACGUCAAUACGCCUUCAACAUUUGGUAUUAUGAUGUACAAAUCAAUGAGUUCAAAGCAUCCUACUUGGAUCGAGUCAAGGGCAUGGAGUAUCAAAAGGACUCUCUUUUGAUCGAAAUCGAUAGGGCCGAUGAAAAACUAUAUCCCAUUAAGUUGUUGAGUGAUUUCAGCAAAAGUUGCGUCAACAAAUAUGAAGCAAUUAUACCAGCAAAGGAAUGGGCCAAAACCGAAAUGGAUCGUUGUAUGUCACAAGCUAGUAACAAGGUGGACUAUUUGGUUACGUAUAUGGUAUCGACCAACCGAACUCUGCAGAAUCAGUAUAGCAAUGUUUUUGAAAAGCAAGUUGCAUCCUGUGAAACUAGAUUCAAUACCUCAUCCCUGGCGGUUAAUCAAACCUUGUGUUUGUCGAAUGCGGUGGCCGAAACCAAUACCUUUACCCAGAAUAAUCAAAAGACUUUCUCCACCCAAUUGGAGGAGGCCCAUAACGAUGCCAAUAUUAACAUUAAGGCACUCCACGAAUGCAGCUUCGCUGUUCAAAACACCACCCUAAUCAAAAUCUCAGAGGCCAAUACCCGCAUUGACAGAUGCGUUUACGGCAUAGAUGACUGCACCCAAUGCCAAGGUCAUUUCUGUACGGAUGUCUAUCCCAUAUCGUCAUCAAAAAUCGAUCCUAAAAAUCCCACAAUGGCGAAUCCCUUCUAUGGCCGCUCCGAAACUGGCAGCUGUUUAAUGUUAAAUAUUUAUUAGAAAUUCAUCAUAUCCGCAAAUACAUAUAUUCAAUGCCAU